UCUAUUUUUAGCGAAAAGCUUCAAGUAUUCUGUGUGGCGGUUCGGAGCGCGUGGUUUACGUUCUGUCGUCUGUGUGGAAUUAUUCAUUUUAGGCAAUAAUGGCAGCUAAAUUAGAAGGAUUAAUUGGUGAGAGUGUCAUAAAGAAAAAUGGAGACAAAGUUUUAACCAAAUCAUUAUGUGGAAAAGACAGAAUUGUCGGGCUGUAUUUCUCAGCAAAUUGGUGUCCGCCAUGUCGGGGAUUUACACCAAAGCUUGCCGACUUUUAUACAAACUUUAAGAAAUCAGAAAAAGGUGAAAAUUUGGAAAUUAUUUUUGUAAGUUGGGAUAAAGAUGUAGACGGAUUUACGGAGUAUUUCUCUUCAAUGCCAUGGCUUGCCAUACCAUAUUCUGAUCGAGACAAAAAGGCUAAAUUGACGAAGAAAUAUAAAGUUGGUGGAAUACCACGGUUCGUUUUAUUGGAUGGAGAAAACGGCAAAUUAAUAACAACAGACGGGUUUAGCCAAUUAAUGGAGGACGAAACAGGAAAAGAUUUUCCUUGGCGUAUCAAACCAUUCCAUGAAAUGAUUAAAGGAAAAUUAUUAAAUGGAAAAGACGAGCUGAUUGAUUCUAACGAAUUAAUUAAAGGAAAAAUAGUAGGAUUGUACUUCUCAGCUCAUUGGUGCCCACCAUGUCGCCAUUUUACACCAGAGUUGAUAAAAACAUAUGAGAAAUUAAAAGAAGAAGGAAAAAGUUUUGAAGUUAUAUUUAUAUCAUCUGAUCGAAGUUCAGAAUCUUUUUCCCAAUAUUACAGUUGUAUGCCAUGGUUUGCUGUUCCAUUUGGUGACAACAGACUUCAACUGCUUACAUCACAAUAUGGAGUAGAUGGUAUACCAACUCUAGUGAUGAUAGAUGAAAAGGGUUCUAUAAUAACCAUUAAUGGUAGAACAUCUAUAUUAUUAGAUAGAAACUGUAGUGAGUUUCCAUGGUAUCCCAAACCUCUUGAUGAACUUACCCAGAAUGCGGCAUUACAGUUAAAUGAAUCAGUGUGUUUGGUCCUAUUUACUGAAGGUGAAGAUGAUGAAAUAGAACGAGCUAAAGAAUUAUUAUUAGAAUCUGCUACAAAAGAACAUCAGAAGGGUGAAGAUCAAGAACUCUUUUUUUUCUAUGGUGGAGAUGAUGAGUUCUGUGAUCAGGUUCGAGAUUUUACAAAUCUGGAUGAUCAAAACCCGUUAUUAGCCAUUCUUGAUCUUCCAGACCAACAGGUUUAUGUUUGUCCGGAGAAAGAUAUAACAAAAGACAUUGUAAAUAAUUUUACUGAGAAUUAUCACAAUAAUAAACUUACUCCGCGUCCAUUCAAAGCGUCUAAAACAGUGUGAAGUAUAUGGUAGUUAUUAGUGACGUUAAUGUGUAGUGUUAUUUAUUAAUGAUGGCUGUUCUGUACAGAGUAAUUGGACAGAAAUUUAAUGAACGGAAAGGAGUAUCCUUGAUCAUGAUAUAUGUAUAUGUUAAAUCGUAUUGGGAUAUAUGAAUGAUGUAAAAGAUGUUAAAACAUCCUUUAAUUUGUUUGUUACUUUCCUACAUGUACAUUGAUGUGUAGCUAUGAUCCGUCUGCAAGUAAUUUCAGUAGAACUUAAAUCUAUAUUCAAUUUUAAAUUGAAAUUGGUUGCUUUUAAAUGAUUGUUAGUUUAAUGUACACGAGUAUGAUGUUUCAAGCAAGAGUGUACAUUUUUGUUUUUAUGUACAAUAUAUUUGUGAUUAUUGUUUUUUGUUAGUGGUAAUAAUAUUCAUGUAUUUUGUAAUUAUUUUAACCCAACAAUUACAUGAUUCAAAUAGAUUCUCAAUUUUCAGAUUGUCUGGUGUUAAAAGUAUGAUAACAUGCAUCAAGACCUCUUUUCUGGAACAAAAAGAUAAAAUUAUAUCUCAAAGAAUUUAAUAGAAUAUUUCAUUUGUUCUUUUAUGAAUAAUUAAUUUGUAAUAGGGGUCAGAAAUUUAAAAAUGGUUUUGAAAUAAAGAAUUUUCAGUGGCAUUUAAUACAUUUUGAAAAAAUAAUUUUUUAAGGAUCUGGAAAGUUUGUUUGCCUUAAAAAUGAUAUUUUAGCAUAUCAUUAAUCUGUUCAUUUACUGAAAAGAAAAGUGUAGCCUUAUAUUUAAGUGUACUGUAAAAUGGGUAGCCUAGUCUAAAAGAUUAUGUUUUCCAAUUUAAAAUCUUAAAUUCCUUUAUUAUAGUCAUGCUUUUUCCACCUAUUAUAUUGCAUGAAAAGAAAACUACUCUAUUUUCCACAUAUAUCUUGUUUUUAAAAACAUUCUAACUUAGUACUGAAAAGUUUGGAUGUUCAGCCUAAACUAUAAAAUGUGAAGAAUUGUCAAUAACUUUCCAGCGAUAAAUAAUAGUACUAAUAUUAACAAAAAAUAUAUAAUCGUACUGUUUGAUAUUGAUUAUACAAUACAUGUAGAUAUAACGAUAAUGUGUUUUAUUUUUCAUGUCUUUACAUGAUUUAAGUAUGGAUUAUUUGUAUUAAAAUUAAUUAAAACCGGAUUUAUUA